AUGAUGGAUCAUAUUGAUACAUAUAAUUGUGUAACAUCUACAUCUACAAAAGAGUCCCUUUGCAUGGAUAGUCAGUUAAAUGCUAUAACUAAAAGAACAUCUAAACAAUCUUUGACUGAGGUGAUCCAAAAACUAACUYGGAAAAUUGAGCACAUUGAAAAAAAGGUUGCAAAAAAUCAAAAUGUCAUCAAAAAUAUUAUAGUGGAUGAUGUUAACUAUGAUGAURAACUUACAUAUCAGCCACCCAACAAAAUAAUUAAAUAUGAUAUUGAAAUGAUAAGUGAUGACUCUUGUAACUCAGAUGAAAACAAUAUCAGGUCCACUGACAACUUAAACACAACAAGACAUGUCGAUAAAAGAAUUAAAAUAGACAAAAAUAUAAUCUUUCAAACAGAUGUAGAUUAUUCUGAAAAAGAUUCUAAAAGUCUUACUAAUAAAGAGGUGGAAAUGUUGUUGGAGUUAGAUGAUUUUGAUGAUGAAGAUAGUAACGCUUACUUCAAAACUCAUGAUGUCCAAGUUAAUGAAGA